UUAACACGGGAGUGAGGUGAUUGCUCGCGAUCGAUCGAUCUCGCGUGACCUCGUGGUGCGAUUUCAUUCACUAUAACGCCGACCGACGACCGACGAGGGGCCUGGAAUCGCGCGCUUGUGAAAGCGCUCUUUCUCUUUCUCUCCCUCUCUCUCUCUCUCUCCCUUUCCUCGCUUCCCUGUCAGUCGCGUCGACAGUAACCUUUGCUCCGGAUUGAAUCCGAACGGCGAGUUAAGAUGCCGUUUUAUUGACUCUCGUGCAAUUUUCUCGAAACCGAGUCAGCGCGACGAACGCGGGGGCGAGAAAGAGGCCUCUUCUGUCUCUCUCGCUCGCUUUCUCAAAUGCGUCGUAUCUAAAGUCGCGGUGCCGCUAUCGAUAAUCGUGACAUCACGCGGCGUGUUACGUUAACGUCGUCGUCGCCCUCAUCCGUAGCCGCUGUCAAUCGUAGUAAAAAUGCCCGCACAACUCAGCAAGUUUUCGUUUGAAGCGCCAUGCAUGGAUUACGCUCACCCGUGGACCGACUCCUGCGUCAGCGCGACCGUUGGUCUCGGGCUGCACUCCUUGCAGGAAUCCUUCAGGAUAUACACGACCGUAUACAUCAUUGCAUUUUUAAUGAGAAGAAAAAUACCAACGAAAGAAAACAUCAAGAAAACUAUAUUGGGUAUCCUUCAAUCUACAGCAUUUCUUUCGUGGAGUGGUUUUUCGUACUCAUUGUUUAUUUGUUUAUUAAGGCGAAUUCUCGGACGUUUUUAUAUGCCGACUGUAUCUUUUCUUCCGUCCUUUUUAUCUAGCUUGUCUGCUAUUGUAAUAGAAAGAGCCUCUAGGCGUACGUUAUUGUGUCUCUACGUGUCGAACAUUGCAACGGAAACGUUGUUCAGAAUGGGUGUGUGGCGUGGGUACUUUUCACCGAUUCCGAGAGGAGAGGUCUACAUCUUUGCCGUAAGCGUAGCUGUGUUAUUGUAUUUCUAUCGUUCAAAGACAAAUAAGGAGGAUCAAAUAUAUAAAAUAUUGAGGAUGAUUGUUGGGCGACAUGAAGAAACUGAAUAUCGUAUAGACAAAAACCCACAUUCUGAAACAUCUUCAAGAGACACCGCGACUAGUGAUGCGAGAAGUGAUAGAAAUAUACGUAGGAGCUCGCCGAGACAUAAAUUUAAUAUUCUAUGGAAGUCUUUUGAAGCCUACAAAUAUAUUAUUAAUAGCUUAAAGGCACAAAGUAAGGAUGCUUCGUGUCCGCAUCCUUACAGUUGCGCAUAUUACAUUUUAGCGAAUAGUGCAAAGAUCUUCAGUUACGGUGUUUGCGGACAAAUAGUCCUUAAAAUAAUCCUCCAAUUUAAAAAAUUGCUUCAGAAGCCGAAAUUACUAAAAUCCACUAUCUUUCAAAAAGAAAAUUUAAAUUUGGCUGUGUUUCUUGGAGGAUUUGCCGGUUUUUAUAGGCUAGUAUCGUGCAUAUUAAGAAGAAUCUUUCACCAAGAUUCGCACAUUUACGCUAUUCCUGCUGGACUUAUCGCAAGCGUAACAUUUAUGGCAUAUCCCAAUUCUACUAUAGCUUUAUAUUUCAUGUGGAAGACACUACAGUUGUUGUGGAAUAAUUCAGUGGAAAAUGAGCAAGUACCUGAAAUAAAGUGGUUUGUGAUCUUAUUGUAUUGCUUUAGCACAGCACUUCUCUUUCAUACAGCUAUAUUGGAACCACAAAACUUGAGAUCGUCCUAUUGGAAAUUCCUUUACAAUAUGUCUGGGGGAAGAAUAGCAGUGAUGUCUCGGAUACCUUUGAAUGUGUUCGGUUUAGAAACCAGCAAAAAUUUGCAAGAGGUGCUCAGAAAGACAAAAACCACAGAUCAGAUUACUUUUUCUUUCUGAAGUGUCGAUUAUAAUAACUUAUGAAAAGUGACAAUACGUACCUUGUCUGUUAGUCUUUUUUUAUUUCCCUUGGAAAUGUAAUUUUCCAGAACCAAAGACAACGUGUACUAUAUACGUAUUAGAUAAAAUUGUAUAAACUGAAUUCUAUAUGAUACGAUACCAAGUAAAGUAACAAAAUGUAUCUUAUGGCCUGUUCUUUUUAGCUGCACUGAUGCACUGGUGCAAUAAGUUAAAGUGAGACAAAUAUAUAUUUUUUCUCAUUCUAACUUGUUGCACCAGUACAGUAGUGCAGAGAAAAAGAACAGGUCAUUAGUGUAGCGACCUGGACAUCGAAUUUUUUUGUUCUUCUAUCAUUUUGUUCUUCUAUCGAAUCUAUCUAAUUCGAGAAAUAGCGAUGCGCGAUGGUGCUUGGAUAUGUUGUGAUACUAAACGAACUUAAUACUUUUAUACACAGAUAUAACUUAUGUAAUUUAAUAUAUUUGAUUGUUAUAUGGUCUUCUGCUUCUUAGUUUAUUGGCCUGGACCAAUAACUGUUAUGGUGUGAUAAUUAUAUACAUCAAAAAAAUAAAUAUUUAAAUAAA